AAAAUAAAUUCAACAAACAAACAACACUAAACAAAACAAACUUUUCAUUGUUUUUAAUAUAAUAAAAAAUUGAUUUUAUUCUAUUUAAUAAAUAUUCUUCGUAUUACAAUAUGAUAAUGGCAUUUUACAUCGAUCGUUCAACAAGAAGUUACUGUGAUGAGUGAAACGGACGAUACAGAUGUGCUGUUGCUGAUACCACCUAACUUUUUCCUAGUUCAAAGCUCUGAUUCCGAAGACUCGCUCUUGGAUUCCUCUAGAACCGUCGUGCAUAAACCGGUCUCUUGUACUGCUCAAGUAAUUGGAAAAUUGGUGAACCAGGUCCAAUCGUUGGAAUCUAGGUUAGGAAAUUUGGAAUUUAGUGACACUGUUUCAAGUGUAGGGUCGCUUUCAAGACGCAAACUUUGGAAUACAACGUCAGAGAGCGUAAGCAAUUUAAGCUUUGACCGUAAGUUUUCAACUUUUCCUCGAAGACGCCGUCGAAAAACUACAAAGAAAGAAAAAAGGCGGGAGCAUUCUUUAACCAGUCUUGAUUCUUGUAGCACAUUCAAACAAGUGCCUCAUUUGCUUUUAGAAGGUAAUUAUUCAAAAAAGAAUAACAUUAAUGACACACUUAGUAUGGACGGAGAUAUAAGCAGUAUUGUGUCCACUCCAAGUAAGAAGAAUGACAAAUUGCUGCUUCAUGAAAUUGACGAGUUUUUGACAAAAGUGGAAACAUAUGAAAGUCCUGACACCAAAUAUAAGGAACAGGAAACUACGCUUAGUCCAGAAAAUGUGAUCAAAGCUACGAGAGAUUACAUAUCGCACAAUUUGGAUCCAAAAAAUCCAGAGGAAGUUAAAUUACCUAGUGGCAGGGUUGUGUCGAGCGACAUUUUAGAUAAAUACAUAUAUUUAGUUAAAAGCAAUCCAGGUUCCACUUCUUCUCACUCAGAGAAGGCGUUGACUAAUACUCAAAAAUAUCAACAUAAUGAAGAAUCUGACCGCACUACCGUUUCUAAGGAGCCAUGUAAAGUGGAAACCAAAUCACCCAGUAUACGUAGAUUAAAUUUUUCUGAAACAAAAGAAGUACAACCUACCUCUACUCCUAAGAGGGCAACCCAGAGUACUAGUUAUUUAGACACAUUCAGACCAUCUUCAAAUAAAAUAUACGAUCGUGCAUCCAAGGUCUUGGAACAAUAUAAAUCUCAAAACUGUAGCCGAGUUACGGACAGCUACUUACAAUCUCCUAAGAGAGAGGAGUUCAAGAUGCCACAAAUGAGGCCUUAUGUCUCUGAACAUAAGGAUGGUCUGAAAUUAGCAGCAUUACAGAAUAAGUUGAUAGAGACUAUUGAUACGGACCUGUUGAGUUUGAGUGAGCUGUGGGGGGAGAAAGGGGAUAGGACAGAAAGAGGGGAGAAUUUAAAAUUGGAAGAGGAGAGAUUGAAAAGGGAGCACUGCGAAUCAAUGAUCCAACAGCUCCAGAAGAAAAUCCUCGAACAACAAGAGAAGUUGGCGGUUGCCCUCAAAGUGGACCGAGCCAAAGACGCGGCUAUCACGAAGCUGAGAGAAGCCUGGCUAAAGAUAACUGGCAGUUUGGACAAAGCGGAGGAGAGACAUAGGACAGCGUUAGAUAAGAUGGUGCGGGAGGUGGAUAACUUUAGAAUGGUAGCUGGAGAAGCACAAAAGAAAACAAAUCACUUCGAAGCUGAACUAUACAAAGCUCUAGACUUAGCACAUGACUAUCAGGAGAAAUGCAAGCAACUCAACUCUGAAAUCAAAGAUCUUCACAGCAAGAUGGAGCGGGACAUAGCUAAGCAGCAAGAACUGCUUGCCAGCAAGGAAAAGGAGAUUAAUGUUCUUAAAGAUAAUUAUGAAACUGUCAUGAGGCUCAAUAAGCAGUCCACCGAUUGUGUCAGGAACUUGGAGGAAGCUUUGGAGAAGGAAAAAGCGGAACAUGAAACCACCAAAAGCCGAGUAAUGGAACUGAGCCGUAGAAUGCAAACAUUCAAUGAAGAGUCUACUCUCACCGCACAGGAAAGGGACUUGCUGAAAGAGAAGGUGAACGAGGAGCGAGCGAGAUGCAGUAUACUUGAGAGGCAGUUGAAUGAUAAACACAGUAAUAGUGAAGAUUUAUUGAAGAAAUGCGAAACGCUAGAAAACGAAGUGAGAUCCCUGAACAAGCUGCUGGAAUUGCAGAAGAACGAGCUGAAACUCCACUAUCAGAAGCAGCUGGAAGACGCCGUGCUUGCCAAGCUGCAGGAGUUCCAGCAUCAGCUGGACCGAGCCGAGAAGGAAAUGGAGAGUGACAGCAGGAGUAAACAGAAUCAGAUUGUGGACACGUGUAAUAAGCAGAUAACCAGGAUUCAGGAGCAACACAAAUUAGAAGUGAACGUUUUAGAGGAGAAGCAGAGAGAAGAAAUUAAACUGUACAGACUUCAAUUGGCACAGGCUAGUGAGAAGAUUGGUCUGCUUGAGAACAAGUUGGAUUCGUACCGCCGCCGCCGCGGCCAGAUCGCGUCUCAGCUGCACGGCGUCAUGGAGGCGCAGUGGCGGCAGGCGCUGCUCAUCCUCACCGGCGGGAGCCCCAGUGCUCCUGGGGGGGACCUCAGCGCGGCUGAUGCAGCAUCCACCCCGCUGCCGACGGAUUACGCGCCGCCGCGGCUGCCCGCCGCGAGGGACAGGUUCAAUUUCGAGGGGCUCAGCGACAACGAGCUACAGCAGUAUGUUAAAAUGCUAUUAACUAAACCGCCAAAUCUGGACGGCACCGCGGACGCGCUCCGUUCUUCACUGGAGGAGCCGACCAGCGACCGGCCCGAUAAGAAGGACAAAGAGAAGGCGAGGAGGAGUCUCAACAACAGCAAGCCGCCGUGGAAAGCGUAGAAAGAAGAGAGUUAUGAAUGUGGAUGAAGCGAAGGAAGUGUGCAGAGAUCGUGGCAAGUGGAAAGUGGUAGUCUCUGCCUACCCAUCCGGGAAAGAGGCGUGAUUUUUUGUAUGUAUGUAUGUAUGAGAAGGCAAGGAGGAGUCUCAACAACAGCAAGCCGCCGUGGAAAGCGUAGAAUAAAGAGAGUUAUGAAUGUGGAUGAAGCGAAGAAAGUGUGCAGAGAUCGUGGCAAGUGGAAAGAGGUAGUCUCUGCCUACCACUCCGGGAAAGAGGCGUGAUUUUUUGUAUGUAUGUAUGUAUGAGAAGGCAAGGAGGAGUCUCAACAACAGCAAGCCGCCGUGGAAAGCGUAGAAAGAAGAGAGUUAUGAAUGUGGAUGAAGCGAAGGAAGUGUGCAGAGAUCGUGGCAAGUGGAAAGUGGUAGUCUCUGCCUACCCCUCCGGGAAAGAGGCGUGAUUUUAUGUAUGUAUUUAUGUAUGAGAAGGCGAGGAGAAGUCUCAACAACAGCAAGCCGCCGUGGAAAGCGUAGAAAGAAGAGAGUUAUGAAUGUGGAUGAAGCGAAGGAAGUGUGCAGAGAUCGUGGCAAGUGGUAGUCUCUGCCUACCCAUCCGGGAAAGAGGCGUGAUUUUAUGUAUGUAUGAGAAGGCAAGGAGGAGUCUCAACAACAGCAAGCCGCCGUGGAAAGCGUAGAUUGAAGAGAGUUAUGAAUGUGGAUGAAGCGAAGGAAGUAUGCAGAGAUCGUGGCAAGUGGAAAGUGGUAGUCUCUGCCUACCCAUCCGGGAAAGAGGCGUGAUUUUAUGUAUGUAUUUAUGUAUGAGAAGGCAAGGAGGAGUCUCAACAACAGCAAGCCGCCGUGGAAAGCGUAAUCGUUAGCCGACUGCACAGAAUAUGAUAGUACAUGCAUACAUACAUAUGGUCACGUCUAAAUCCCAUGCGGGGUAGACAUUGCCGACAGUCUUGAAAAGAUUUAAUGGGCACGUUCAGCUGUUUAGCUUAAUGAUAGAAUAGAUAAUAGGUAUUCUUCAAGUAAUUAUAAUUUUCGAAAAGACUUUAAUAUAAGACUUGUACAGUUUGUCAAGACAGUUGUGUAAAUAAGAUUUAUUUUUAAGUUUUUAUACAGUUUUUAUACAUGGCAACACUAAGGAUUAAAAUAUGUAAUAAGAGAUUCAUCAACAUUCUUGACAAACCGAAUGAAAUAAGAUGUUUUUUUUAUUAUUAAAUAUAACGAUUUAUUGAUGGUACGUACAUAAAUGCGAAUUAAAAAUAUACAUAAUCUUUUAUUUGAUAAAAAAUGAUGGCAUCACGAUUUUAUACACACUAAAUAAUCAAUGUACACCUAACACGAUAUGAUCACAUGGUUUUAAUAUAAGGCAAGAACUUAAUUUUUAAUAUUAAUUUUAAAGAAAAAAAAGAGAAAAGUAAUAGGGGACGGGUUAAAUACUGUUAUAUUGAAAA